UGCAUUCUGAUUGGGUUAUUGAAAAUGUAUACAAACUUGCUGAUUGGUCUAAAACGAAAUUCUACCUUGUGGUUCUCGGUAAUAUAUUCAAAGCUUCGGGGAAUAUCAAACAUUGUUUUCGGCAGACGUCCAGACUCGGUGUACGUGAUAAAGGCAAUUCCAAUCAAAUCGAGAAUUUAGAAAUUUUCGAGCACUGCAUGUCUUUAAAGGCGCGAAGAUUUUGGGUAAAAGAACAAUUUUGUAGACGCCCUCGCUUUUUACAAGUGAAAUCGAGAGAUCUGAACAGUCAGCAUGGAUUUAAUUGAGAAGAAUAUUGAUAUUCUGUCUUUUGAUGGUGGUGGAAGCCGAGGUAUCAUGGAAUUGUGUAUCCUGGACGAUGUUUUCCGAUUGGCAACGAUCGUGUUAAGACGACCAGAUACUGUGAAGUCCUACCUUGUGAGGGGUGAAAACGAUGAAAACGAUGAAAACGAUGAAAACGAAGAAACUACUUUGACAUCUCUUGAAAUUCGAAGACGGCUAAUCGAUGAUAUGAAAGCAGUUACCGACCCGAUUCAUCCCACAGACGUGUACGAGAUGAUUGUUGGUACCAGCACCGGCGCACUGAUUGCUUUUGGUUUGGUUGGAGGCAAAGAAAGUGAAGAUGGUGAAAGAGAAUCGAUGACUAUCGAGGAGUGUAUUGAGAUGUAUCUAAAGAAGACCAAAGCGAUUUUUGCUAAGUCGUGGUCUCACUGGUUUCUUACACACAUUCCUGGUUUGUCCAGUAUUCCGGUUACAACCUAUUCACAAGAUAACGUUAAGAAAGCACUUGAAGAGCAGUUUGGUGAAAGUAGCUUAGAAGAUUUCCGUAAUAUCAAUGGUUCGGAAUGCGUCGCCGGAGCUGUUGCGAGGAAAAUUGGUAACGAGGAAGAAUUGAUUUUGUUCGAUACCAGAAGCGAAGACUAUCGUCUUUAUAAAACUUACCAGGUUUUGCUUGCUACUUCUAAUGCUCCAGUUUACUUCCACACUCCGGUCAGAAUUGGCAACAACGAAUUUGUCGAUGGAGGUGUCGGUGGGAAUUGUCCCUUGGCACAAGCUAUUCCGAGAGCAAAAGAGCUAUUUGGAAAAGAUGGUCAAGAAGCUAAAAUAACGUCAGCUUUAUCAGUUGCACCUCCUCGGUCAUCCAAAACAGAAAUUCCGCAUCGAUUUCAGAUAAAGUAUUGGUUGAAUUAUUUCGUAAACGAGUCGACCGAUGGGUACGCAGUUUUCAGAGACGUCGUCAAGCGCAACGGUCGCCAAAAAACGUUGUUUCACAGACUGUCGCCACGAGGGGAAGAAUUGAAAGCAUUCAAGCUUGAUGAGAUUGAUGCGAAGAAGAUGCUGGAUGCAAUGGAAAAGGAGAAAGUUCAAAACGAUAUGUUCCUUAUCGAUGUGAUCGCAACUGCAAUGGACGUCGUUUUUACGUCUAUCGACAAAGUAAAAGAUUAUGACGAAUCUUCUCUCACGGUUGCUGCACAACUAGCUCGAAGUGCAGGAAGUGCCUACAAAAAGAGAAAAGAAUAUGAAUCUGCGAUUGCUUCUUACAAAACAAGCUUGCGUCUGUUUAAGAAAUUUACUAGUGAAAGCAGCAUAAGUUUUACCAUUUCCAAGAUAUAUUAUGACAUCGCGAACUGUUUGAAAGAAAAGGGAGACUAUCAGAGAGCAAUUGAAUUGUUGAAACCGACCAUUGAAGUCCUCACAAACCGUAAUUACGAAAACAGUGCUAAACUGCUUGUCGAUACCCUGAUUUGCCUAGCAGAUUGCUACCUUUCAACAUUUCGCUAUAGAGAUGCGGAGACCCGUUUGCAGAAUUUCUUGGACAAAAACGUCAUGCAAAUGGACAAACUCGUGAAGGCGCUCAAUUUCAUGGGUUGGUGCAAGCAAAAACAGGGGAAGCUCGACGAAGCUGUCAAAAUGUAUAAGAAGGCAAGCAAACACCUUCCAGCCAAUGAUACCCUUGAUAAAGCAGAAAUGAUGAAUAACCUUGGAUUGUGUUUCGUAUAUCUUGGAAUGAUGGAUAAAGCUUUCCAGUCGAUUCGCGAAGCCCAGGAAAUGAGAAAUCGCCUAUCCAAAGAUGAAGUCGAUCCUUUAGUUGCAGAGUCUCUCAACAAUGUUGGAUGGUGCCUGCUUGAGAAAGGUGAUUACGAUGAGGCGCACAAAAAUCUAAAGAAAGCUCUCGAAAUGUACCAGAAAACAGAAAACGAAAUUUUCAUUUCAAUCGUGUUGCAAAAUUUAGCACGAUGCUUGUCGUUAAGCGACAAGGAUCAUAAUCUUGCCCUGGAGUAUGCACAACAAAGUCUGGAGACGAUGAGAAAACAUCUAGGUGAUUUACACAACCCUGAAAUUGCUAGAGUCCUGGGCAUCGUUGGUUUGUGUCUUUACAAAGCAGGAAGCUUUAGCGAAGCCAAAGAAAAGCUUCUGGAGUCGUCGAGAAUGAUGAAAAAGUUGUUUGGGCCUGAGAGUCAUCCAUGGCAACUUGAAGUUUACAACAUACUCUCAGACCUGUAUAAGAAAGACGGCGAGCAGACGACAGCGCAAGAUUACGAAAUGAAAGCCAAGAAUAUUGCCGACAAAAUACAAGAGAUGGCCAAAAAAAUUGGCGAAUGAUAACAAUCUGUAACAGUGCAUCAUCAAAUUUAAGGUCCCUACCUUAAUCAUACUUGAGGAAAUUUUUUUUACAACAAUUGAUUGUGAUUUUUGACAGGUUGUUUUUCAUGAAAAAUGGUGGUAUGAACGUUCUGCAAAUUUUCUACACAAAUUAUUUUCGACUGUCCGCUGCGUGGCAAUAGUUUUUGUAAUACAGGCAUUUGUGUCAAAAAAAAACAAGGGCGGCUUUCGAAACGUGUCAAAAAAAAACGAGGGCGGGUUUCGAAACGACGUAAUUUUUCCUUACAUUUGCAAUGCAAUUCUACUUCAAAGAUAUGCCAAUUAGUGAAGAAUAUUCAAAAUGUAAGUGAAAGGAGCAUGUGCAUGUCUAUAGAGUGUAGUAAACACAAAAGUUUCAAAAUUCCAUCCCUCAAAAGUAGAAUUGUAAGCGGGCGAAACAAAGCAAAGUUUUGCUACUGUUUAGUGAUCAAAAUUUUUGUUUGAUCAUGUUUCUUAUAAAAAUAUAUAGAAAUAACGUAAAAAUAUUUUAAACGCAAAGGAAAAUUUGCAGAUAUAUAAUGUUAAACCAAUUAUACU